AUGGCUGAGGAGGUCAGUGGACAAGCAGCAUUUUGGAUUCUACUAUCCCUUGCCACCGCCGCAAUCGCUCAACCCACCAGAAGUUGGCGAAGAAAAGAGCGCGAUCUCUUUGGCGGCCAUGUUGACCUCGCCCGAUGCAUUCCAACCGUAUGCUUCAUCGACGCGGUAUGCGACCUGAUAUUUCUAGGUAUAUCUGCUCGACGGUCGCUGUCAACUUCAGAUUCAGCACCAGCGCGUCAGCGAAUAUUGCCGAAAGCCAGUGCGCUCAUCGUCAAACUAGCUCUGUCGGUAUUUACUGUGUUGCCUCAGACAAUCAAGGUCUUUAGUCUCAAGGGCGUCCCGGGAACACAGACCUGUGCAUUCCUCUUCUUCCUCGCCUUCACGACGAAACUACUCGUGGAUAUCUGCGGGUUGGAGGAGGAAGAGGAAGAAAACGAGGCUGAUUCUGUGGAAACCAAGGAUGAUUCAUUAGAUGGCAUCGUCCUGGCGGCUGUGUUGCUUCAAACUCCCUUUGAGGUCUGGAUUUGGUGCAAUAUCAGUAACUCCGGAUCACUCCAGGCCCCCCAUGAUUUGGCUGCCUUUUGCACAUGGUCUGCAUCGUGUUGCGUCAUAAUUAUGGUCCUUCAAAUAAUCAUCUGGAUUAUGUAUGUGCUGGUACGUCAACGAUUCGAUGUUACAGGAUCUCCUCAUGUGGUUCCGAUGCGUGGGCUCUACAUACUUCUUUUGGUCUUGGGAGUAGCCAAGAGUGGUCCCGAAGCAGAAAAGUCCACCAGCACUAUCGUGCCACCUCCGGAUUCCGUCCGAAAUUUUACUCAUGGGCUGAGUUUGAUGUCGCUCACUGGCAUUCUGAGUCUCGCAGUAACCAAGGUGUUGGAUUUUGGCAUCAGGGCGCUCCUAUCAGAGAAAACGCAGCCAACAGUCCCCACGCUAGAUACACAGUCCACGAUCAAUGAAGACAGUACCGUAAGAAGCGAAGAAGAAACUUUCCCGUCACCCCCAAAUAGGCUUCCUAUUAGUUGGGUGGGAAAGAUUGGCACUGUUAUGGAUCGUUGGGUUGAGCGCAUUCUCACUGCACGCUCAGCAGCCACUGUUACUAUGAUGCUAGCGGUUUUUAACCUCAUCACCACGAUUGUAUACUAUCUUGUGUGUUUUGAUGGAACGGGGACAGAGAAUCCCAGCUGGACGAGUGUGCUUGGCUAG